AUGAUAAGAAAUGAGCCUCAAUCCAAUCUUACAUCCUUCCAAGAAGAAGAGAUCGAAGAGCAGUUCACAACAUGGUGGAGAGGCCCAGACGACCCAGAUGCAGUGGCGUACGCAUCUCGAAAAGGAAUCAGUUUCUACGAAGUGGAUAAUAGUGACGGGGACAACGACACCAUCCUUGAACUGGGAGGUGCCACGCCCAUCGACAUCGGCCCAUUGAACUCUAGACAAUUCUCUCCAGACAAAUUUCGAGCAGCGAAUCUAGCCUCCGAUGCCGAAGAGCGUGCUCGCCACGGUGCUGAUCAUCAGUUAACAACUGGACAAGAUAUUGUCCAACGCCGCAAUUGGGAGACUGCGCCCCCCGGGGAGAAACUUCGAACUCGUCGUGCUUGGUUCAAGAUGUAUUCUGAUUAUUUGGCUGCAGUUAAAAAGCAAAUCGGGAAGCUGAAAGCACGACUGACGCUGAAUCCUGGCUAGGGAAAGAUCAAAAUGAGCUUGAUGAGCUUAAGGAAGAUGUCGAGGAACUGCAGACGGCUAUCGAUCAAUCCAAUGUGGUGGAGGAGCUGGUCUUGAGUGAAGUUGUCCCAGGGUGGGAUUGGCGAGAAGGAUAUGAAGAGCAGCCAAGGCACUAGAACUUAGUCAUCACAGCCGAGUGCUCUUUGAAAUCUUCUCCCCACGCUCUUGGGGUUUAUAGUGUGCCGAUUGCUCGUGGGCAGAUGACACCUAAUGACUGGCUCCCAGGAGAUCAAGUGUGGGGAUAGGUCGCCGUAGAUCAAGCACUCGAACACAAGAUUUAGAACAAUUUAAC